AUGACGACCCGGCUUCUCCGUCGAAAUAUCAAGAUCCUCGUGAUCAACCCCAACUCCUCUCUCGACAUGACGAGGGGCAUGGAGAAGGCCAUCCAGGGAAUGCCCCUGCACGAUUCUCUCGAAAUUCACACUUACACGGCGCCGUCCGACAGCCCCGCCAGCAUCAACGACGACGCAGACAUCCAGCGCAGCACCAAGGCCGUGCUCAGCAACCUCACCAGCGAGCAGAUUGAGCAGUACGACGGCUUGCUCGUCGCCUGCUAUAGCGUCCACACGCUCGUCGAGAAACUCUCUCAGAAGUACCACAACAAGCUGGCCGUCACCGGCAUCUUCGAGGCAAGUGUCCUCACUGCAAUCUCACUCCUUCCUCACACCUCACCUGGCGCCACCUCUUCAAAAUGGGGCGUGGUGACCACUGGCGACUUUUGGGAGAAGCAUCUCAGCCAUGGAGUCAAGUGCUAUCUUGGGCAAGCUGAAGAGGCAGAAAACGCCAAGUUUGGUGGGGUCAUGACUACCGGGUUGACUGCCGGAGACUUCCAUCACGUCGGCCCUGAAGAGGUCAAGGAGAAGCUCGUCAAGGCGACCAAGAAGCUGCUCAACAGCGGCGAUGUUGGCUGCGUGGUCAUGGGAUGUGCUGGCAUGGCGGGCCUUGAGGAGAUCAUUCGCAGUUCGGCGAUAGAGGUCUACGGUAAGGAGAAGGGUAGCCAGAUCUAUGUUGUUGAUGGCGUCAAAGCUGGCAUUUUGCAAUUGGAGCAGACCAUCAGAAGCAGGAGGCUGUUUCAAAGCUGA